UCCCACGCUUACGCAGAGUGGGGAACGCUCUGCAAGGACGGAUUCAAACUUGUGGCGGGUUGAUAGCUUACCCGAUUCCGGGUGUCAGCCCUGCCGCCUUCGGCAUGGACCCGAUCCGGAGCUUCCACGGGAAGCUGCGGUCCCUGGCCAGCAUGCUGGACUGCGAAGCGGCCCGGCUGCAACGGGCACUGGACAGCGAGGACAGCGACCUUCAAGAUCAUCCAAUGAGAAUUUUAUAUGACCUUCAUUCAGAAGUCCAGACUCUAAAGGAUGAUAUUAAUAGUCUUCUUGAUAAAACAAGAUUGGAAAAUCAAGAAAGCACUGAUUUCUUAAAGGCAACAAAAAUACUCAUGAAAAAAAAUUCAGCGGAUAUCAUAAAAAUAAGAGAGUUUUUUGAGAAGUAUGGAUAUAAUACACGUGUCAAGGAAAAUUCAGUUUGUGAGCAAGAAGCCACUGACUCCACCCCAGUGUUGGCCAUAUGUGAAGAUUUUCAGAAGUCUGGUGUGAAGGACGAUCUGUCCGAUCCCUGUGUUCCAUGCAGUUCUGUUUCUGAGAUGCUGCUACGAAGUCCACAGCUUUCAGAUUUUGGACUUGAGCGAUACAUGAUCUCCCAAGUACUACCAAACCCUCCCCAGGCAGUAAGCAGCUGUAAGGAAGAGUGCAUGAUUGAAUCCCCUCCUGCCAAAGAAUCAUUUGUUAAAGUGUUGAAGACUCCCAGAUGUGCUCUAAAGAUGGAUGAUUUUGAGUGUGUAACUCCUAAAUUAGAACACUUUGGUAUAUCUGAAUAUACUAUGUGUUUAAAUGAAGAUUAUACAAUGGGACUUAAAAAUAUGAAAAACAUUAAAAGUGAGGAGGCCAUAGGAACAGGGCCUGUGACCAAUGAUAAUUCUUUUGCCACUCCUGGUUCCAUAAUCCAGCAGCUGGAAAAAAGUGAGGCUGAAUACACAAAUUCACCCUUGGCACCCAAAUUCUGCACUCCUGGUUUGAAAAUUCCUUCUACAAAGAACAGUACAGCUUUGGUAUCAGCAAAUCACCCAUUAUCAAAACCAAAUAGUUCAUUGGGUGAUUUGGAAGUUAAAGACUGUACACCGUUAAUUCUAAAUUCAGAUGAGUGCUAUGAGAAUUUUGCAGAUCCUUCUUCUCCUACAAUUUCCUCUUAUGAAAAUCUCCUCAGAACACCUACACCUCCAGAAGUAACUGCAAUUCCUGAAGACAUUCUCCAGAUUUUAUCAAAACACAACUCAAACCUAGCCACUCCUGUGGCAGUUAGAGCAGUGCCAUCGAGGAAAGGAUUCCUCAGACAUGAAGGGCAGAGCAUCAGAGGUGCCCCGCAACAAAGAGAACUGGUGAAGGAAUCUUAGUGGAUGCAUCGAUUAUAGAGACUGAACAGAAACAGAUGGAACCAAAACUGGACUUUUUAUUCAUUUUCCUCUCUUGUUCCUUUUAAAAAUUGUAACGAUCUCACUGAUGUUAAAUCACCCUACGUAGUCUAAUAGAAUGGCUUAAGUAUUGUCAGAAUUGGGACAGUGUUUCAUGAAAAUGCUACUGCUUGCCAUUUCAGUUAGCAUGGCCUGGAGGUGUCAGUUCUUCUAUUCUGGCAUUAUCUCCCAGUCUGUCCCAAAUCUUUACCAUGUUCUAUGUCAGUGUUCUUUUAAGACUACAAACCUAGAGACACAGCUUUCAACUGACUUAGGAAAAGAGGGGACUUCCCAGCGUUAGCACAGGGACCAGUGGAGGUAGAGGGAGGACUUGGAUAGAAUGAGGGGUUCCCUGCUGCUGAGGGCUUUUCCUUUUCUCCCAGCUUCUCACUGUCACAGUUUCAUUCUCACAUUGGCUUCACCACAUUGCUCUUGGCCUCUCUGGCUUUGCUUCCCAGCUUGGCACCCAGCAGAUCCUCACCUCAGUCUCUCUGGAGGGUUCUGUAUACCUGGAUACAAGCCUUCAGAACUUCUGGAUUCUAGAACUACCUAAUUCCCAUUGAACCCACGGACCUUCUGUUUAAGAACAACCUGGACAGGGAGAAGUUGGGAUGAAUGUGGUCAGAAUACCUUGCAUGAAAUUCUCAAGUAAUAAAACCUCAUUAAAAAGAACUAGAAAGCAAUUAUAUAAUUAAAUUCACACUAGCAGUAUUGGGAGAACUUUAAAUUGCAGCCAACUGGAAGAUAGGCAGCUAGAAGUUCUCUGUAGACCAGCCAAAAGUUUGAGAAUUGAUCAAAAAAUAAAUAAAAAGGUGCUUUACAGGCUUACUAGCUUUACAAAAUUUCAUGUGGCAUAAAGAUUAUUCUAAAUUGUGUUGAAAAUCAAGUGGGAAAAUUACUGUGUAGGUCUAAGGUGUUGGUUUUGUUUUAAUUAUAUGUAUCAUCUGUGGUAUAUGUACAUGAAUGUGGGUCCCUGUGGAUCCCAGAAGAGUUUUAAAUGCCCUGGAGCAAUUGUGAGCCACUCAAUGUGGGUACUAGGAAUAGAGGUUGGGUCCUCUGCAAGAACAGUACACAUCCUUAACUGCUGAGCUAUCUCUCCAGCCCCCUAAGUUUUGUGUUACAUAAUGUAGCAUUAUUUUCGAGGUAAAGCUCUAAUCUACCUUUUGUGUGUUGCUGGUCAGGUCAUUUCUGGCAACCCCUCUCAGUACUUGGCAUUAUGGUUGGCAAUCCACAUAUCUGAGACAUAUCUGAGUAAAGGUGGGAAGAAGCAGAGUAAUCAGUCUAGCACAGGAGCCUGGGAAACAGAAUAGUGCAGCAGGAAGGAUUUCAGUGCUGCUGAGAACUCAAAGGACUGGGUAAUGUUGGGUUUGAUGAAACUGAAAACGGUGACUAAUUUUUGACACCCAGCCAGGUGUGGUGGUGCAUGCCUUUAAUUCCAGCACUCAGGAGGCAGAGGCAGGCAGAUCUCUGAAAUUGAGGCCAGUCUGGUCUACAUAGCAAGUUCCAGGCCAGCUAAGACUGCAGGGAGACCCUGACUCAAAAAAGACCAAAAGUUUUGACACCUUAGUUUGAGGUGGACUGAAAAAAGGACAAAGGAGAGGAGGUAGAGCAUGCUUUGCUAAAGGGGAAUAAAUGGGCAACCACUAGAGGGAGAUAAAAUAGAAGUUCUGUUGCCCUCACCCUCAUUGCUUUCCUAUGUUCCUAGCUUUUGUUGUUUAGGUGGUGAUGCUUCUAGCUUCCCAAGCUUCAAGUCUUUGCACUGUUCUUUAAAUGAGAUCCAAGAUCUUUACUGUGACCUAGUGACACUGUGAUUUGACCCCAGCUAACCUCUCCUGCUCCUGUAUACCUUAGCCACCCCACAGUUGUUUUUUUAAUUAUAUAUAUUUUCUAUUUUAUGCACAUGAGUGUAUUGCCUACAUGUAAGUGCACCCAUGUCUCACAGUGCCCAAAUCCCCUGGAACUGGAGUGACAGUUGUUAACCUGCCAUAUAGGUGCUGGGAAUCAAAUGCGGGUCCUCUACAAGAACAGUCAGUGCAGUGCUCUUAACCGCUGACCCAUUGGUUCAGCCCCACCCCAGUUUUUUUGAAAAUAUGUGUAUGAGUGUAGUGUCUGCAGGUAUAUAAGUGCACCCAUGAUGUGCAAAGCCUGCAGAGGCCAUAAGAGGGUGUG